AUGGACGAAGAUGAAAAAAUUAUUUAUUUAGUACACAAAUAUGAAUGUCUGUUUAACGUCAAGGCGAAAACCUACAGUGAUAAAAAUUGUAGGAAAAAUGCCUGGCAAAAAGUAAGCGGCUUACGAGCAGCGUCGCGCGCAGACGCGCGUCCGCUGCGCGAAGGCGCGCGUCGCCGUACAAAACAUGACGCGUCGCGUCGCUUCGACUCUGCGCCAGUGUGA